CUUAUAGUCUUGCUACUAUAACAUGUCUUGAUUAACAAUUAAAUACAAUUUUGUACUACAAUCUUAUCAUUAUAUAUAUAUUCACACUAAUACCAUAAAAAUGUCAAAGGUGUAUAGAUGCUUUCAUCGAACGUACGCUUGUUGCCAAGGUUAUGCGCUUGGCCCGAAGUCAACUUCCGGUCAGUGUUAGUUUGUAUCGGGCAUAGACUCAUAUAUUAGGUAUCUGGUUAGUAUUUGCUGGAUAAUAUGGCACCAACUACAAAAUCUGUCAAAGUGAAGCUAAUGAGCAGACUGACCUUGGGCUCCGGUUGUUGUGCUGUGGGGUGCAACCUGACAUCAGGAACAAACGCCUUUUCCAAAAGAAAAAUGUUUCGGUUUUCUAAAGAAGAGGGAAAACGACGAGCAUGGAUCAACGCUGUGCGAAGAGAGGCUUGGCAACCUGUUAAGAACUCAAGGAUCUGUAGCAGUCAUUUUGUUUCAGGUGCACCAUCAGUGGACCCAUGCCACCCAGAUUAUGUGUCAUCAGUGUUUGCGCACAAAACCACCACUGAUGGCUCAGACAAGUUGAAGAGGUACCAGAGGAGACAUAGUAGACCAUCAGAGGUUGAGUCCAUUGAUUCUCCUUCCAUAGAGGUCAUUAAUGCUGACCCCGAAGAAGGAUGCACUGCUGUGGGUACAGAUAUGUCAAUGGCAGACAUUGACCAGCUACAAAAUGAAAAUGCUGAAUUGAAGAGAAAAGUGGCUUUACUGGAGAAGAAAUUGGAAGAUCAAGAAACACGCCUGCAAGAUCGUAUGUUUGGCGGUAUGUCUGAUUUUAUUUUAAAUGAUGACAAGCACGCUCAUUUUUACACUGGUCUACCAUCUGCUGCUGUGUUUUUCACCCUCCUCACUCACCUGACGGCAAUGUGGAACGCUUCAUCAACCAUUCUUACCCUUCCCGAGCAGUUUCUUGUAGUCCUGAUGAAGCUUCGUCUAGGCUUAGCUCAUGAAGACCUAGCUUUUUGCAAGUACUGAGGGUGAUAGGGCAUUUGACUUCUAGCAGCUUAUCAUCAAUGAUGCCAUCAGGGCUUGCUGCUAGCCAUGGGUCUCCUGUACACACCACCAACCUUUUGUCCAUCAUUUUGCAGCCCCUCUCCUUCAUUUGCAUUUUAGCAAGUUCCUCACUUUCCUUCCCAUACCUUGUGGCCACACUCCCCUGGAACCUUGGGUAGUAUGGAAGCAAAUCGUGACCAAAAUUCAAAUGAAAAUGCAU